GUGGUGCUGGCUCAAGGCCCGGCUCAGACGAAGUGACCCAACCCGACCGUUUUCGGUGCGAGCUGUGCGUAAUUGCGUAGCGGUAGCCAUGUUUUCCAACCCCAGCGACAAGAGCAAUUUCGGCCGAAUCUUCACGAAACCUUUAGCGAGGAGUCGUGGCAAAAACGUCGAGCUCUAUGUCCACUUGAGCGUUGAAAGCAAGGGCAAUCAAGAAUUCCCCGGUUAUGACGCCUGCUUUGCCUCUGCUUGUGCAGAGCAACAGUGGAACGAUCUCAUGUCUGCCCUCAAGGAUGCUAUGGAUGCAAAAGCCCGGGGGCGUGGAACACAGCAAAUCCUGGUCCUGUCAAUCUUGUUCCAUAGAGCUUUCGGAGGCUAUUGACGUUGUGGCGCAGGUUCCCGACCAGAUGGCCUAUGACCAGUACGGCCAGGCCUUGGUCCAGGCAACUCGAGACAGCAGCCGUGGCAUAUGGCCCAAAGCGGGUGUGAAUCUCAUCCUUGUGCUGAAUGUGAAGGCCGAAGAAUUUGCACCACAUUGGAUCCCGGCUACAAUGGCACCGACUCAGUUUGGUAUGCCCGGGGCGGGCAUGGCGCUGCCGGGUAUGGUGCAGCCAGUGGCCCAGGCACAGGUGCAUGCGGGCGACCCACAAUGAGUGGAAGAUCUUGGAGCCACAGCGGGCAAUGGGAAAUCCAUUGAGACUGCUGAUGAGCUGCAUUUUUUGGAAACCAUUGAGUACUGAGACUGCCUGAGAGAUGGAAAAACAGAACAAAUGCAGGCGUGGUGACUCGGGCAGAAGUUGAAGGAAGUGAG